AUGGCCACCCACCAACAGCCGUCCCCGACCACGGGACUGCCACAGCACCAUGCCCCUCCUGGGCAUCCCCAGGCCAAUGGCCACGCCCCCUUUCAGACGCUGCCGAAAGGCAACGCCUCGACCGUUCUCACUGCCGCGAACGAGCAGACCUGGCUCGCCUUGGGCAAUCUGUCGGAGAUGAUGAACGAUCUCGACGGCGCGAGGCAAUGCUACGAACAUGCGCUGCGACACAACAACUGGUCUGUCCCCGCCAUGCAAGCCAUUUCAUGCAUUCUUCGUAGCAUGGAGCAGUUCCCUGCUGCCGUCGAAUACCUCAAAAACAUCCUCAAGAUUGACGCGAACAAUGGCGACGUCUGGGGAAGCCUUGGUCAUUGCUAUCUGAUGAUGGACGAUUUGCAGCAAGCAUACUCUGCUUACCAGCAGGCCCUCUAUCAUCUCCAAGACCCCAAGGAACCGAAGCUUUGGUACGGCAUCGGAAUCCUCUACGACCGGUAUGGUUCGUUGGAGCAUGCCGAAGAAGCUUUCUCCCAGGUUAUGCGCAUGGAUCCAACGUUUGAAAAGGCAAACGAGAUCUAUUUCCGGCUUGGUAUAAUAUACAAGCAACAGCAAAAGUUCAGCUCCAGCCUGGAAUGCUUCAAGUACAUUGUCAAUGAUCCGCCACGACCGCUGACCGAAGAGGACAUCUGGUUCCAAAUUGGUCAUGUCUACGAGCAACAGAAAGACUAUGACUCGGCCAAAAAUGCCUACAGACGUGUUCUUGAUCGCGAUCCCAACCAUGCCAAGGUUCUUCAGCAACUUGGGUGGCUGCACCACCAGCAGAGUGGAAGUUUCAACAGCCAGGAGCAAGCGAUUGAAUACUUGGAAAAAUCUGUCAAUUCCGACCAGAGUGAUGCACAGAGUUGGUACUUGCUAGGCCGCUGCUACAUGUCACAGCAAAAGUACCCGAAGGCAUAUGAGGCCUACCAGCAAGCGGUUUAUCGCGACGGCAGGAAUCCGACGUUCUGGUGCUCAAUCGGUGUUCUUUACUACCAAAUUAACCAGUAUCGCGACGCGCUUGACGCGUAUUCCCGAGCGAUCCGCCUGAACCCAAAUAUCUCCGAGGUGUGGUACGAUCUCGGAACUCUUUAUGAAUCCUGCAACAACCAGACCGCCGACGCAUUGGAUGCGUACCAGCGCGCGGCUGAUCUUGACCCAUCCAACGUGCACAUAAAGGCGCGCCUGCAGUUGUUGCAGAACGGCCAACCUACGAACGGCAUGCCAAACCAAAAUAGUGCACCCUUGCCGCAGGAUGUUCACCCCCAGGCCUAUCAACCUGGAGCUAUGAAUGGCCCGCCGCAACCACAAUGGGGAGGUCCGGCCCCGUCACAACCCACCCCCCAAGCGCCGUUACCGCCCGCUUUAAGCGCGGGUAAUGAUUGGAAUCGUCGUUUAGCGGGUAUCCAAGAUCCGCAGAUGCCACCGCAGCAGCUCGGGCCUUAUGAGCAGCGAGAUGCUGCUAUCAGGCCUCCCGCCGCACAUCCCGCUGCUCGGCCAGCCAGCCCUAGGCAAGAGCCUAUGAGAGGUUACCAGGAACCGCCACGCCUGAACGCGCCAACCCCUGUUCGCAGAGGACUGUCUCCUUCCCCCAAGAGUCACAAUGCCGCUCCCAAUUUGUACCAGGGACCUCCCAGUCUGCCCCCUCAGCCCGCGGCCGCCACCCCGCUGCAGAACCAACCACCGGUCCCACCCAAUAGGAUCGCGAACCCCAACUACGGGGCUCACGCAUCAAACGGGCCUCCGCCAUCUGCAGCCGCCAUGAAUGGUCCCCCGCCUGGCUCAGGUCCGAUGCCGCCGUACGCUCGAGUGGCAAGUCCCCCUCCUGAGGUGCGACCUCUUAUUCAGAGUCAGGCGGCCUCGCCCAACUCUCACUACUCGCAUCAAACCUAUCACCAUGCAGACCAAGGGGUCACUGGAGGUAUUGCCGGUGGUGCCCCAGCGCCGGCAUCCGCUCUCGCUGCCGCCGAAGCCGCUGCUCGCGACAGGGAUGACAGGACACCCACUGCUCCCAAGCGUCUUAGAGAAUGGGAGGAUGAUGCCGGCCCCGCCCAGAAGCCGCCCAUGAAUGACGAGAAGCGUCAGCGACUUGAUGAGACUCCACCUCGUCGACCAUCGCCGCCUGAGAGAAUGGCUUCUCAAACCUCACAGGUGCAGCGGACUCCUCCAGAACAGGCAGAAGCUCGUCGUGCAGAGGAACAGCGACACAUCAAUGACGGCUACCACCCUUCCGAGGCAGCGCAUCAUCCGCCGUCGCUUCCAGCAAUCCACCCGCCUCCGCCCUCGCAAACUCCCCAUGUCCCUGAGCCGCCCAAAGAGGAGCGAAAAGAACAACACGAACCGGCUGCCCGCAAAAUGGACGUCGACGAAGAUUACGAUGACAGUGGCGACGAGGAGAAGCGUGCACAACAGCCGCCACGCUCGGAGCGCAACAGCCCGCGGAGCGCCAGCGUUGCCAACGGCGUUAAUCAUCCGCAAACGGAAUCAAAGCCUAUUUAG